GCCGCUUCCGGACCCCGCGAUGGCGGAGGAGGCGGCGCGGCGGGCGGUGGCGGCGGUGCCGCUGCUGCGGACGGCGGCGGGGCCGCGGGACCGGGAGCGUUGGGCCGAGCGCCUCAAGGAGGAGUACCGCGCGCUCAUUCAGUACGUGGAGCACAACAAGGCCUCUGACAAUGACUGGUUCCGGCUCGAGUCCAACGCGGAGGGCACGCGGUGGUCCGGGCGCUGUUGGCACAUCCAUGAGCUGCUCAAGUAUGAAUUUGCCAUUGAGUUUGAGAUCCCGGUGACGUACCCCAACACUGCUCCUGAGAUCGCCAUCCCGGAGCUGGAUGGGAAAACAGCCAAGAUGUACAG